AAGUACACCUGCACACCUGAGUAAUGCCACUCCUUUCCCAGGGCACAGCAGAGAUGGUUAAGGAGUGGAGGCAGGGACACUCAAUGAAACCCAACACUUUAAUAUUUAACUGCCCUUUCGACAUUGACUCUGGUUUUGUUCGGAAGGAUUUCAGAGAUUAGACAGUGUUGUUUUGUUUUGUUUUUUUGUGGUGUGUAUUAUACUUUUCUUUUUGUUCAGAAUUCACAACUGGUGGCAGCAACUUCCCGUUAGGACUCGACGUAUUUUUGGUGACCCACAUAUCCAAUGACGAUGUGGUCUAUGAAGGUCAUCAUCCUCCUCCUGUUCUGCUACGCUUCUCUUUCAACUGGCAACAGUAAAGUAUAUUUUGUCUCCAAGAACUUUAACAACGUACUCCACUGGGAUGCUGUGGAGUCUGGGGCAAAUGUCACCUAUAGCGUCCAGUACUUGAGUGAUGCUAAGGACCAGCCAUUCCAGAUAAAAGAGGAGUGUCAGAACAUUACAGCUCUGUCCUGUGACCUGACUGCAGAAACCCCAUCAGCCCAUGACGUUAACUACAUUGCUCAGGUGUUCGUUAAUGGAAGCAUUUAUGGCAAAACCAUCAGAUUUAACCCUUUAGCAGAAACUAUUUUUGGUCCACCUAUCUUGUCUACAUACGCAACAGUUUCAUCCUUGCAUGUGGAUGCCACUCUACCCUUGGGGCCAAACGGAGUCGCAGUUGAGGACAUCAUUAACAAAAGCAAACAUGGGCCCUCCACAACCGUCAUUGUUUACACCUUAAAAAUCACACAACCAAAGUGGGCCGUACAGCACAAUGAAAGCACAACUGGCCGGUUCGUCAUCAACUUGAAAAACAACCAAACAGAGUACUGUGGCUACGUGGUCUACAAGCCUUUUUCUCGUUGGGGUCGCUCAGAGAGUGAGAAAGCCACCUUCUGUGCCACACUGCCAGGUGAUCCUCUGAUGCUUUUGCCAUGGAUUCUGAUAAGUGCUGCACUUCUGGUGGCCAUAGUCAUAAUGUCAGCAUUGUAUAUAUGCAACUAUGUGAAGGGUGGAAAGGACAAGAGCAUGCCGCAGCCAUUGCACAUACCCACUUCCAGCACCUCACCCGGAGUACUGCAGCUUCCAGAUGGAAAUCUCAUAAUUUCCAAACUGGUAUUCUGCACUCAAGAUGACCAACCAACAGUUUACGCAAAGAUCCAAAUGAAGCCAAAUGCGCCCUCAGUUGGGGUUGGAGGUUAUUCUCCCCAGGACAUCCCCUGCCAAUCCUGGCAAGGCAGCACUGGCUCCUCUGUGGGCACAGGUGCACACAGUCCAACACCAAAUGCCGAGGACACGAGCUACAGUGUAGUGGCUGUCCAAGUCCCUGUUACAGAGAAAUAUUUCCAGCAGGCUACCACUAAAGACAGAGAAACCUGCAACCUUCCAUUGUCUCCCAGUGGAGAAAGCUGGGAUGAAGGUGGAAUGAGUCCAAAGCUGACCUCAAAUGGAGUACAACCAUUACAUGAUGUGGACCCAUGUGACAGGCCACUGCAGUUGCACACAGUGCGCGAUCCCAACGGACAACUUAUGUUGCCUUCACUCACUUUUCAGUUAGAGAACGACACAAGUUACACACAGAGAAGACCCCUUUUAUCUGACCUCAGAGACUCCAAGAGGGAAAGGCCAUCGUUAGUAUCCUUGCAGAGCUUAGAUGGCUCAGAGUGCUCAGACUCUGGGUGUGAUGAUAGCACCCCAACCCAUCCGUACUGCAACACCAGUUAUUCCCCAACCCAAUCAGUUGUUCCUGAUUUCGACAAGGGAUGUCAGAUACCAUCUAGUGAUGCAAUAUUUGAAUCAGGUUACAAACAAAACUGGAUGCCUGAAAUCCAUCUUGGCACUGCAUCCAAAGACAGUUGUGAAUACAGAAGGACAAACUAUCCUUGGACCUGGUCUGGUCCCAAAAAGGAGGAAGGUGAGGACAGAGGAGGAGAGGAGAGCUCAAGGGAAAUACUUCUGGGAAGAUGGGGGGUUCAAAUUCAAGAAUAAUUCUCUCUUUAAGACCUAAAACUACCACUACCAGGUGCUUAAGUGACAAUACUCAGGUAGAUGAAUGGCUUUGCUGUCUGCUGUGUGGUUGAUGAUGCAGCGAGGUGUUUAAACUCACCUUAAACAUCCAAAUUUAUUCUGAGUCUUAUUUAAUAACCACAUUUCAUUCCUAGAUGUAAUAUAUACGAUGCUUUGCUUGUAAAUCUGUUUAUAUUUAUUAAUCCACAAUUGUAAAAAGUUAUUUGUGUCAACUCGUACAUUUGAAGAAAUAUAUUUGUGAAGUCCUUGUUUACUUUGUCAAGUUAUUGUUUAAGAAAAUAUCUAAAUUUUUACAAACAGAAUGUAUUUCAAAUAGGAUCAAAUGUGAAAGCUGAACCCAUGGGGAACCUCUUUCACAACUGAUAUAAUCUAUUCUGGACUUGGUGCGUUUAUGGUGUAAAUGAAUGAUUUUGUGCCCAAAUGUAUGAUAGGCAGCAAAAGGAAUAUAGCAACUAUUUUACGUUUAAGUUCAAACUGUCCGUUAAUCAUAAUACUUCAGUAUAUCUCAGUAUAUUCCACAUCAACAAUAAUAUUUUUUACAUUGUUAUGAUUGUGUAAAGCUAUGUUUGGACAGCUAAAAUCUGAUCUGAAAAAAAAAAAACAUGAUCACAGAUAUCAUAUUUAUAUUGUUAGUGGUUUGAAAUACAGUUUACAUUACUUUCUAAGUCCACUUAUACUUAGUUUUAAGUCUGCAUACCUGCAGCUGGACAAAUAAAGGGUCUUCAUCCUUUCUGUACAAAACAAGCAGAACAAACAACAACCGAAACAGCCACAGAUUGUCAGCAAGUGCAUUUGCGUGCCAUCGCUAUGACAACACGUUAUUACAACUUAUUACACUCUGUAAAUACACAGACCCAAUCUGGUCAUUUUCAAAUUACUAUGUGGACAGUCAGCCUUAAAGAUUAGAUAUGAAAACCUUGUGGCUGAACAAAGCAUUAGACACAGUUUACUGUCACAUUGUGAGUGAGCUGCUUGAAAUGGGACAAAAAUGACUGAAUUUCUUCUAUUUCUUUUAGGGAGAAAAAAUCCUAUUUUUUGAUCUCACCAAGAUAUUUCUGCAUCAUCUGUGUUGUCUGAAAUACGUGAGAACGAUUGCAUCUGCACAUAAAAAGAAAUGUGAGGUUUUAUAUUAUUCUGACUCACAAAGUUUAUGAACUCAUUUGGUUCUCCUCAUUGUUUGCUGUUCUUCCUGGGGAAGAAAAUACAGUCUGUAAAAAUAUAUUAGGUGGGGUCAUGGUGCAACCUAAGCCACACUGAUAACAGCUAGUUAUUUAAAAGCCUGGGCAAAAUCUUUCAUACACAGUUGUAAAGUAAUGAUGUCAUGUGUGUUGAAACAGUGCAAUGUGAGUCACAUAUGGACACACUGUACAGCACAAUACAGACGUAUUUUACUUUAUUGUAGUACCUGCCAAAUGAAUGUAAUAUAAAUUAGCAACUUUGUUUCAUCUUAAAUUACAGAUUGUGAAACUAAAUAUUUAUGUUGGAAAGGUUGAGUUGCAUUCCAAGAUAGUAUAUUAAACAUGUAUUUGAUACCAACAUAGUCACUUUUGGGUUAUAUUACUGAAAUUCAGAAAAAAUAUUAUUAAAGAACCAUUUUUUAAAAACUGAUAUUCUGUAACUCCCGCAAUAAAAAAUUUAAAGAC